AAAAUUAAAUUAGUUUGUUAUUUUUAUAAUCUUGUGAUAUACUCUAUUUUUACCUAACCCUCAAGGUGUCCCUGUUAUUUUAUUUAAACGUGUGAAUGGAAACAAGAAACAUGAUGCAGUCUACAUUCAGACUGACAGAGUCGAUGACUAAAGAAGAAAUUUCGUCUAAAUUUGAGGAAAUGUUGGAUGAAAUGAACCUUUCGGAAGAAAAAAAGAAACCUCUUCGAGCGAUGACUCUGGACGUGAAGAAAGCUAUGUUAGAAAAUAAUUGGAAAGUCAGAUCGGAACAAAGCAACAAGGACCGAUCAAAGUUUAACCAUCCGUUGGAUUAUAUCAAUUAUUUCCUCAAUUCUAACGAUUUUAACAAGCUGUGCCAUCGGAUGGAAUCGCUAAGGGUUGAAUUAACCAAUAAUCCUGUUUCAUGGGUCCAAGAAUUCGGUGAUAAUAAUGGAUUAAGUGUGAUUGUUAUGAUAUUAAAUAAAUGUUAUUCAACCAAUGAACGACUCAGGCAUAAGCUUCAACAUGAGUGUGUCAAGUGCCUCAAAGCUUUCAUGAAUAACACUGCUGGCCUUAAACAAGCUUUCAAUGAUAAAGAUGCCUUUACCCUUUUAGCUCGAUCUAUUGAUCCUGCCUUGCCUAAUAUUAUGAUGGACACUGUAAAAUUAUUAGCUGCUGUCAGCCUUAUCCCCCCAAUGGGUUGUGAAAAAGUUUUAGAAGCCAUUACUAGGGCCGCUGAGUUACAAUAUGGUGAUUCUGAAGGGAGAUUUAAACCGUUAGUCGAAGGUCUCAGAAUAAGCAGUAAUGAUCCGCUGAGAGCUUCUUGUUUACAAUUAAUAAAUGCCAUACUCAGUAAUAUCGAUGACACGGAUUUCAGACUGCAUUUGCGAAAUGAAAUUAUGAGAAGUGGACUAUGUGAUUUAUUGGAAAAUUUGACAACAUCUUCUGAUCGAUCCCCUGUUUCAUCGGAAUUAAACAUUCAAGUAAAGGUUUUCAAUGAGCACAAGGAUGAAGACUUCGACGAGUUAACUUCGCGUUUUGAGGCUAUUCGAUUUGAUUUAGAAGAUAUUAGCGAAUGUUUCCAAUUGAUACAUAAUUCAAUCAAAGCUACACCAUCGGAACCUUACCUUCUUUCAAUGUUACAGCAUUUGCUGCUCAUUCGUGAUGACCCCUAUGCACGACCAGCUUAUUACCGUUUAAUAGAAGAAUGUGUCUCUCAAAUUGUUUUACAUAAAAGUGGAUGUGAUCCGGACUUUAGGUAUGGUAAAAAGAUUAACAUCGAUGUUGAUUACGUGAUUGAACAUAUUGUUGAAAGAUCAAGAGCCGAGGAAGAAAAGAAUAAUAAUGAGCUGUGCCAAAAGUUGGAAGAAUCAUUGACAGCAAAACAAGAAUCUGAAGCAAAAGUAUUACAAUUGGAGACCAAAGCACAAGACUACGAACAUCAGAUAAAAGAACUUAAAGCUCGACUUCAGAAUCAAGCUAACAAUAAUAAUAAUAAUAAUAACCUGAUUAGUAAUGGUGAUAGACCAGACAACAUUCCAUUUCAUCCUGGUACCACGAAUGGACAAUCAGCUCCUCCACCUCCUCCUCCUCCACCUCCACCGCCACCAGGAUCUGGAAUUCCACCACCACCACCACCUCCUCCUCCACCAGGCUCUGGGUUUGGAGGAUCUAAUAUACCUCCUCCACCACCAAUGCCCGGAUCCGGUCCACCACCUCCUCCUCCGAUGCCUGGGUUUGGUGGUGGUCCUCCUCCACCACCUCCACCUCCUUUCGGAGGUUUCCGACCAACUGGACCUGUGUUACCUCCCGGUUUGAAACCAAAAAAAGUGUAUAAACAUGAAGUUCCUAUCAAAAGAGCAAACUGGAGAAAGAUUACUCCAACCAAGAUAUCAGAAAAAUCAUUCUGGGUGUCAGCUGAUGAAGAUGCACUUGCUUCAGAAGAUAUAUUUGAUGGAUUAACAUCCAGGUUUUCCUCUGCUCCUCAAAUGCACUCGAAGAAAGUAAAGAAUGAUGAAACAGUUGAAAAAUACGGAACAAUGAGAAAGACCAAAGAGCUGAAAGUCUUAGACUCAAAGGCAGCUCAAAACCUUAUGAUCUUAUUAAGUUCCAUCAAAAUGAAACCUGAAGAAUUAACUGAUCACAUAUUAAAUAUGAGAGAGGAAUAUCUUACAGAUGCCAUUAUUCAACAGUUGAUCAAAUAUAUGCCUACACCUCAACAAUUGACUAAACUAGAGGAAUUUCGUAAUGAUUAUAAAAAUCUUCACGAAGCCGAACAAUUUGCCUUAACACUAGGAUCUAUAAAACGUUUGGAAGCUCGUCUCAAGUCUACAUGCUUUAAAAUUAAGUUUGCCGAAUUGGUUCAAGAUAUUAAACCAGAUAUUGUUGCCGCAACAGCUGCUUGUGAAGAGGUUAAAAAAUCUAAACGGUUUGCCACGAUAUUAAAAUUAAUUUUGCUUGUUGGAAAUUAUAUGAACUCUGGUUCACGUAAUGGUGAAGCUUUUGGUUUCGAGAUUAGCUUUCUGCCUAAACUCUCAUCAACUAAAGCAAUGGAUAAUAAAACUACCUUGUUACAUUUUUUAGUUGAGAUUGUUGAAAGAAAAUAUCCUGACUGUCUAAGUUUCCAUGAAGAUUUACACCAUGUUGAUAGAGCUGCCCGUGUUUCUGCUGAUCAGGUGCAAAAAAAUUUAAAUGCUAUGAGAAAAAGUAUUGCUGAUGUUGAAGUGGAUCUAAGGAAUUUUAAGCCUCAUAGUGAGGAUGAUAAAUUUGGAAUUAUUAUGACCAAUUUUGUAGCUGACGCUAAAGAAGCAUUUGAAUUGUUACAAUCUAUGUUCAACAAAAUGGAUCGACUUUAUACUGAUUUGGGCCAAUUUUACACUUUUGAACCUAAAACCUAUACCUUGGAUGAAUUUUUCGCUGAUAUAAAAACCUUCAAAGAUCAAUUCAUUGACUGUUACAAAGAAAAUGUACGAUUAAGAGAAGAAGAAGAGAAAAAGAGGCGUGCCAAAGAAGCCAAAAGUCGUGCUGAAAAAGAAAAGGCUGAAAGGCUUGCUAAGAAGAAGCCGCUUGUUGAUAUCGACAAAGAUCAAGAAGGAUUUAUGGAUAGUCUGAUAAAAACAUUGGAAACUGGAUCUGCUUUUGCUCAAAAAAAUAGAAGACGACAACAAAGACCUGUGCAGUGUCGGCGUGACAUUUACUAUUCGAGGCAUUUGCCUUAGCCUCGAAUUAUCCCCUUAACAAAACCUUUUCAUCAAACAAGAUGUUUGGACGAAAAUUUGAAUGACUGACUUGGCCGUCAGUUAACAGAUCAUUCAGCGUAUCGAUUGAUUUGUCAUUUAUAAUUAAAACUGGUGCACUAUCCUGA